AUGCCUACCCCGUCGCUGGGUGGUGGACAGCCAACCGGCUUCUCCCACAAAGUGCGGGACGGGCACCGGGAGUCGGCUUCUGUUUUGAGAGAUCCCGCGUCUUCAAUUUCGACGUCUGGUUCCGAUGCCGGAUAUCAGGGCAGGGCAGGCUCGUUUUAUACGGCCUUCUGUCGGAUGUAUGAGCAUUUUACACCCGCGACCAGCGAGGUCCCUUCGGUGUGGGAUGCCGGCUCCGAAUUCUUCUUUCACCCGCCGCCUCCUCCUCCCCCUCCGCCGCGGCACCGACGUUCCUCUCUUCUCUGGGACAUCUCCGCCGCUGUGCCGAAAGAGCGGACCGAGAACGGCUACGAGGUACAAUGGUCGAACCCUUAUGGGCCCGACCCACCUGCAGACCCGGUGUUCGAAGAUUCCUUCCAGAAGGCCGACAAGCUUUCCACGUUUUCGAGCUCAUCAUGGCGCGAGGAAGGUCCAGCGGAUGCUCCCAAGGAGGCGUCCGAGAUGUCGGACCCUUGCAGCUCCAUCCCCCCAGUGGAGGAGCCGGCUUUCGCAGCCUUAGCAAACCUGCGAGUGUCUGCAGAAAUGCCUGGUGACAUGCCGGCAUCAUUUUCUUUGUCUGAAUACUACAGCAUGCAAGGUCCCUUGUCGCCGUGCUCCCCCGCACCCACGGAAUCCUAUGGCGGCAGAGUGGCACUUCAUUCGCAGGAACUUACUGAGUGCGACGGCAGACACGGACUGUUGUCUCCUGCGGCUACAGAGUACCCGUUCGAGCGACAGGCAUCUUUCGCGUCUACGCAAGUCGGGCCUCGAUGGACCGAGUACGACGAAGGACAGGGCUUGGCAGGAGGCUUCAGCCCCAAGUUUCCAGCGGGAUCGCCAGUCAAGCCUGACGAUCUUCUGCAUGAGGACUACGACUUUCCGUUGGGGAUGCCACCUCCGGAUGACAGCACUGCCCACCGGAAUUGGCCUCACUUAUCCCAGGACCGAAAUGAAAUCAGCGAGCACUGCUUUGAGCAGUGUUCAGCUCAAUGGUGCGGACUAUUUAGCAGCUGCUGCCAAGUGUCAGCACCAGAAACCUGCAGCCGCUGCAAGCAGGCCCUUGGAUCCGUUUUGGAUCAUCAUUGCCCGAAAUGCUCCAAUGCAAUUUGUGUAAACUGCGUUGCGAAGCUCAACGGCCAGCCUCUCCGUUGCAGCUGUGGGGACGAGCCAAAUAUCGACAGUACGCUUUGGAUGAUCGGCGCUUAUCACUCCAUUAUGAACGCAUUCGACUUUAUUACCGGCGCAAAGCCCGCCAGUGCGUCCGAGGGCUACACUGCCAUGCCCUCGCAUAGCCACGCACGUUUGGUGCCAAAUCCUCUGCUGGAACUUCCAUCGGCUGCAAACAGUGCACUGCCACAGCACCGGACGCUUUAUCCGGCUACUACCAAGGAGAUGCUUGUCCCCACUGCACCUCUUUCGGCACCGCAGUCAUUGCCGUCGCUCUUGCGGCAUCGGCGUCGCGAAUCUCAGGUCGGAGUCGCAGAGGUUUUCAAAACACAUCUGCCGGGGGAAAUGCCCUGCAGCCCAAUGGCCCGAUGA